UUUGCAAUAUUUACGCAUUUCCGUUCCAGCUGCGAGUGAGACAAGGUUCAUUGUGUAAAGUGAAGCGCUUUUCUUUUGCUUAUAAAAUCGUAUUCAGUUAAAAAAAAAAACAAAAACAAAGAAGGAAUUAUGUGUAAAAUAACUUAUUUUUUCCUCUUUGGUAUGCUUGCUCUGAAUGGCAUUGGCGAAUCAUUUUGUGGAUCGUUGCCCUCCGAUAUACCAAAAUGUAAAAUUUCGGAUAAUGUUUGUAUAGCUUCGUCUAUGAACGAGGCGCUCCGCCUUUAUCCCAAAGGUUCGCCAGCUUUUGAUUUGGCCGAUCUGUCGCGUAUAUUUGUACCUAAAGUUGAACUUGGAAAUGCUGCCGGCCAUUCGUCGGCCGUUCAAUUGAAUUUAAUUUUUCUGAAUUCAACUACAAGCGGCUUAGAAAAAGCAAAAGUAGUUAAUGUUUCUGGUUUCGAUCCAGAUAUUAAGCAAAUUAUAGUUAACCUUGAAGUUCCAUUUAUGAAACUUGAAACCGAAUACGAAAUGGAUGGUAAAAUUUUAUUCUUAACCUUAAAGGGCAAAGGUCAUGCAGAAAUACAUUUGAAAAUGGCUACUAAUAGAGUGACAAUCAACGUAGGUUUGGAGAAGAGAAAUGGUAAAACUCAUCUAAUUGUUAAGGACAUGACGUGUGAUUUUCGACCGCAAGGUUUCUUUAUUCAUAUGGACAACUUGUUCGAUGGUAAUAAAGAAAUAACGGACAGCGUUAACGAAGUGAUUAAUGCUAAUUGGCGCGAUGUCUAUUCGGCAUUAAGCGAUAAUAUCAAUCGCAGUCUUGCUCAAGGAAUGCUUGGUAUAUUAAGGAAUGUUGCUGCCUCUUUAGCUUACGAUGAUAUUCGCUCUAAGUUUCAUUUCUUGAAUUUUUUUAAAAUGUUGAAAAUCGCCUAUUACUUGUCGGGAGUUCUUAUGCUGAGUAGCAUUUGCGAAAUAUUUUGCGCAAUAUUGCCUUCAAAUAUACCGAAAUGUAAAAUUUCUGAUAAUGCUUGCGUAGCCGCCUCAAUAAAUGAAGUCUUUCGUCUUUAUCCGAAAGGAUCGCCAGCAUUUGGUCUGGACGAUAUAUCGCGUAUAACUGUGCCUGAGAUGGUUCUAGGAGAUGGUAACGGUCAGCCUUCGAGCGCACAAUUGACAGUAAAAUUCGAAAAUUUGAUUUUUACUGGUGUAGAGAAAUCAGUUUGCCUGAACGUAUCUGGAUUUGAGCCAGAAACAACACGAGUUGAAGUGAAUUUAAUUAUUCCGCUUUUAAAAAUCAAAGCUGAUCAUGCUGUAAAUGGGAAAAUUUUACUUUUUACUCUAAAAGGCAAAGGCAAAUCUGAGAUACAUUUAAAGGAUGUCGAUAUUAAGCUUACGGUCGACGUAGAUUUUGAAAAAAGAGAGAAUCAAACUUUUGUUAUAAUAAAGGAUAUGAUUGUUAGUUUUGAACCGAAAAACUUUUAUAUACAUUUGGAUAAUUUAUUUGACGGUAACAAAGAGCUUACGGACAGCGUUAACGACGUAAUCAAUGAGAACUGGCGUGACAUUUUUCAUUCAUUACAAGAUGCUAUUAGCCAAGCUUAUUACGAUGCACUUAAGCCACUUUUAGAAAAAAUUUUUAAAGUAUUACCGUACGACGAAUUUUAUAAGAAUUAAAGUUGUAAUUAUAAAAUAAUGAGUUUUCGCCAAGUGGAAAAUAAAUCAUUCCAUGUAUACAAAAAUUUUUUAAUUUAA